AUGUCAAAGAUACUACCGUUUGUCGAGGAUACCCAACCGCUGGUAGGAGAACACGAGAAAUCGGCUACUCCAAGCAUGACGUCGAUACUUCAUGAAAACAUCUCAUCGCAAAAUCCAUCAGCAGCCGAAACGAAGGAAAAUACGCCAAAUAACAAUAAUGGUGGAAAUAAUAGAAAGGAAGGGGUGACGUCUCUUUCAUUUGACCAGGUUAAUGAUAAUGCGGACGAAUUAAUAGAACUCCGUGGUGAGGGAAGAUAUUUUGGGGUCACCGAUCCAAGUUCUGGUACAACCAUCAACUCGUUGCAGAGCAUGGGCCCAUUAUGUGCAAAUUGCCAUAAAAGAGGCCAUAUAAGGGCUAAAUGUAAGACAGUUGUGUGCCAUAAAUGUGGGGUUGUGGGCGAUCAUUAUGAAACUCAAUGCCCAACUACAAUGGUAUGCUCGAGAUGCGGAUUGAAGGGCCAUGUUGCCAUCAAGUGUAAGAAUAAGCUCAAAAAGAGACAGUAUUGUAAACAUUGCGAUACGUUCAACCAUGGAGACGAUAUGUGUCCUAGCAUUUGGAGGUCAUAUUUAACAUUACCCACACCUAAAAGUGACGAUGAGAAUGACAAAUACGAAAGCACAGUGUUGCCAGUGGUGUACUGUUAUAAUUGUGGCGACGAUGAACAUUACGGGGAUGAAUGCCCAGAACCUAGAACUUCAAGGAUACCGUGUGUAAACGGCAGUGCCUUCAGUGGAACUAAUUUGCCCAGACAUUUAAGAUCGCUUUAUUUUGAUCGCAUCAACUCCACUAAACCGAACACCCAGAAGAAACUACAAAACGCUAAACCCACCUACACCAACAACUAUGCCAACAACAGCAACAACAGUAAUUAUGGAAACAAGGGCAGCUAUAAUAAUGGUUCGUAUAGGAAUAACUUCACCAAUUAUAACGAUUACAACUACAAUUCAAACUCAAAUUUCAACAGACAGCCUAUAGAUAACAACUUCAACGGCUAUUACAACAACAACAACAACAACAUUAAUAGUCAUAUACAUUUCAAGCCAAAUUCUAGACAUCCUGCCAAGUCGGAUAAGCCUAAUCCGUCCAGAUCAGGGGUUAUACCCAGUUCAAAUUCAAAGAAAAACAAUAAAAAACCUACAAGAUCAGGUUUUAUAGACAAAAAUAAAAACAAGGUCAGUAAACCGAACUCGCUGCAUAAACCCACAAGAUCAGGAUUAAUAGAAAGUAGUGGGAAUAGGGCCAAGAAACAAGGUGUAAAGAAUAUAAAGAAUUUGUAUUAG